CGGCUGCCCGCAGGCUCCUGGGUGCAGCUGCGGGGCGGCCUGGGGGGCGCCGACCCCGCGCCCUCCUCCUGCCACGCCGACGUGGAGCGGCUGCUGCUGGAGGCGCAGCUGGAGCCUGACGGCGCCGACGGAGCCCUGCCGGUGCCGAGCCCCCCAGCCCGCGGCGAGGAAGGAGCCGGGCAGGCGAGCGAGCGGCCGGCGAGGAGCGAGCGGCCCCCUCCCCGCGGCAGGGCCCCCCCGGGCCGCCCGCAGCCCCUGCCGGGGAGGGAGCCGGCCGCCUGCACCCAGCGGGACGCACCGGAGGACGCCGAGCGGACGGGGCAACGCCUGCCUGCAGCCCUCGGCCGGGGCUGUGCCCGCUGCCCUGAGCACCUGCCCGCCAAGGACUUCGCCUUCGUGUGCUCCCCGCAGCCGGUGCUGUGGAGCCUGCCGGGAGGGGCGGUGGGCAGGAAGAAGAGGCUCUUCAGUUCAGAGCUGCUGCUGCUCUUCAUCCCCUCGCUGCUGCUCAGCCACGUGCUGACGCUGGGACUGGGGAUCUACAUUGGGAAGCGGCUGGCAGCCUCCUCAGCAAACCCGCUGUGAGGAGCCGGGCUCGGCGAGGGACAGGCAGCUCUGCCGCUCUGCUCAGCACUGAGGAAGCCCAGGCACCGGUGCAGCCGCUCUGCUCACAGACGUCGUGUUGGUGGCACGAGGCACCGUCUCUCCGUGUCCCCUCUUUACCCCGGCCAGGGGAGCCAGUCCGUGCCCUCCUUCGUAGCCAGGAAUGCACCGACGGCAGCUCCCUGCUGCAGGCAGCCCUGGCCCUCCACGCCCCCUGGGUGUGGGUCUGGGUUCCUGCUGUUCAAUACAGAAGACUGUAAAUGUGGCUCCUGAGCCCGCAACACCAGGGGGAAAUAAAAAGCCUGGUGCGGCUCUGCAGGCACGGUGGCGA